AUGAAAACUUUGUUCCGGGAUAUGCAGACUAAGCAGUCCGAUGCCCUGACCAAGACUUUCGUUGAUGGCUUGCUCAAGCUGUUUGCCGACACCACGAAGCAGGACUUGAUCAUGAACAAUUUUGUGGUUCGUGCCAAGUCGGUGAAGUCGGGCACCGGCUCUGUUGUGAGCGACAAGAAGGAUAGCAAGGACAAAAGUGGCAAGAAGGGUAAGAGCAAGAAAGACAAGGGUGACAAGGGUGAUAAAAAGCCCAAGGGCAGCCCCAAGGCCAAAGCCAGUGGCUCGCCCGAGGAUCCGGAGCACAGCGAAGAUGAUGAUGACGACCUGGCGGAUGAGCUGUUUGUAGGAGUCGCUGACAAGAACUUUGUUGUUAUAGAUAAGGCUGAGUCUGCUGGUCGUGUGGUGCGACUUGCUCAAGUGGCUGUGAGGAAAACUGCUUCCAGUUCCUAUGACCCAUUUUACUGUGCCAGUGAGGAUGAUCAACAAGGGGAGGCCACGGAGACAGGAGGCCAGGCAUUUCUGGGUGGACAUUCGAUUCAUGAAGAAACGGCUAGCCUGUCUGUGCCAGUCCUGGCACAUGGAGACGAGGGCAGAGGCAAGUUGAAAAGGCAUUCCCUGACGACAAGAAUGCUCUUUACGGUCAUCCCUUCCGAAUUGUACUGGGGGGACCUGACACUGCAGCAGCUGCUUGGUGCAAUGGUGGAUGACCUG